ACUCCUCGGCAUGGGUGUAUGUGUGUGUAUCAACGAGACAAUCUCCAUCGCACGAACGAUCUAUCUUGAAGGAAGAUGGCGCACGCGCGCGCGAAGACGAUGAGGUACUCGUCCGCGCGUAAAUUUCCUAGACAACACACACAGUCUAGGCAACUUUCAGACUCGACUCGUCACAUGUAGGGUCGUGAAAUGAGUCAUAGACUGGUUGGCGACACCGUGCUACUCUUCGGACCGGAGAAUUUAAAAAAACCCGUGCGGGGUUAUCUAAUGGCAGCGGGAGAUCAGUUCUUCGCUGAUCGCGUCGAAAAACAGUCGGUUGUGAUCGGCUGCGCUCUCGCCCCGUGCUUUCGCGAGGAGGACAACAACCACGCUCGAAUCCAGAAAAUGAGAGCAAUGAGAUCGCUCGUCCUCUUGACGCUUCUCUAUUGUCUUUGCAUCGACGUUAGCCAUACUAGGGAAAUCACCCAUGAGGAUAUCAAAGAUGCUAUGUUGAGCCUAGUGCAUAUGAUGCGGGAGAAUACGGAGAAGCUGGAAAGGCACGAGGCGAGAGAGCGGCAGCUGGGUGAGCAACUAAAGAAGACAAUAACCGUAAUGGUAAAACGCGUGGCCGCAAUAGACGGUAUGAAGCUGCAACUAAACAAGUUGGAUGAGAAAAUUUCAGGAAUAGAGCAGUUGAUCGCACAGAGGGAUGAAAGGGAGCGCAUCCAGAUGCAAAAGACAGCAGACAGUCUGGAGGAUUUGGAGAGCCGUCUAGAAGCCUGGCUCACUGAAAUCGAAAACAAAGUGGCGGAGGUGAGCUAUCGACCUGAAACGACGACGCAGACGUCGAGCGAUGAACUCGCCAACAUUCUUGGCAAACUGAAUAGUACCGAGAGCAAAUUGAUGAAUGAGAUGGCGAGGUUGAAGGAAGGUUUGCACGACAAUACAGUGAUGAGAGAGAGAGGCUCGGACGCGCUGAUGGAAAAGACACGGAAAAUCUUUUCGGAGGUUCAGGACGUAGCCGCUAAAAUCGGGGACAUUGAGAUCUCUCUGGAGAGAAUAAAGCAGAUGACACAAAUUAUCCAAGAGAAACCGGCGCAACAACUAGACUCGAAUCCGGUGGUCGACGAACACUUUAGAACUUUGGUGCGAGUACAAGAACUGUUGGAGGACACUUCCUACAAGAUACAAGAGUUACCUAGGAUAAAUGAUGUGCAAACGUUGCACAACGAGACACAGACCAUGCUGCAAGAGACGAAGCACGCGUUGAAGGACAUCGUUACACGAGGCAUAGAUCACAUCACGGACGGAGUCAUGGAAGCCAAGGAAGAGACAAAGGACACUGUGACGGCAUUGCGGAUGGAUCUGGCUAACAACGCGGAGCGCGUUAAUCACGACCUGCAGGAUCUGAGCAAAGGUCAGUCUGUGAUAGUCUCUAUGGCUGAUCAUGUGUUGGAUACGAAGAAAAGGGUGGAGUACGGCGUACAUCAGAUCCUGUUAGAAGUAGGCGACUUGGUGAAGACUCAAAGCAACCAUAUUAACAGCACUCUCAACCAGAGAUUCGACGGAAUCUCAAGUGAUAUCAUGGAUAAUCAAAAUGGCGCAUUGGCGAAUCUCACCAGUAAGAUGGAGCAGGAAAUGAACAAGGUCUGGCGGCAGAUCAAUGUAAUGUAUCAACAAAUGACGGAGAGCGCUCGAGCUUUGGACAAGCUACAUCAGCAGAACGAAAAGUAUGUCAAUGGUACCACGUCCACAAUGGGUGGAAUGGAGAGUAAGGUCGGCGAGAUAACGAAACGUAUGAGGGAGGUAGAUGAUAAUUUGAAUUACCUGCUCGGUCGGUUGUCUUUGGUGACGCAGGAAUUCAAUCAGAUCAAGACGGGUUUGGGAGCCGCUCUGGAUAAUAUCAAAGCCUCCUUCAAGAUAGUGCAACAGAAGGCGUUAGAUCUGAGCCACCCUGGUCCACAUCCUCUUCCAGAAAAUUACAACGCUGACUUAAACGAGUCCGAGACCAGGAAGCCAGAUGUUGUGACUGUAAAGUAAACCAUGUCUGAAUCUCAAGUUGAACGGCUGCUGGCUUGAAUUAAUCUCAGUAAGCGGUAAAGGUAGCCAUCUCUUCGUUCUUAGCAAAUUAAUAUUCAGCAACAUCAUCAUCACCACGAUUAUCCUCAUCUUUCUCGUCAUCAUUAUAAUCAUCAUCAUCAUCAUCAUCAGGGAUCGCAAUAUGCCACAUGAUGAAUUUUUUUUAAAUAUAUACCUAGGUUCCGAAUCGUUUAAAUUUUCUCUUGUCCUCUGUCUCAAUUCAAGAAUUUCCUAUGAAAAAAAUCAACAAGCCAGUUAUACAACGAACUAAUAAUCGUUACAGUAUAAUAUGUUAUAUCUAUAAGAAUACAAUCAGUAGAUUGUGGAUGUUCAUGCGUGUCUUUAUAGAAAAUACAUAAGGAACUUACUU